UUGAUUUUCGCAUGAUUUCAAGAGUUCUACUUGAGGGAAAUAUAUUUAAGGCAGCGGUAUCUUGUUCAUUUCGCUCCCUGUCUGCUCAGGUAUAAUCAAGUCAUUGUUAAGAUGAAUUCCUUGGCGGUUCUUUUCUUGGCAGUUCUUGCUGGGUUUGUGAGUGCCACUGCUAGAAAUGAAGCCAAUGUGAACAUUUAUCUUCACCUUGCUGAUGAUGACGAUCCCAACUACGAAAACUCCAUGCAUUAUGCUCAAUGCGAAAUGGAACCAAACGCCUUCAUGCCAGGCAACCUCCACCAUAGGGUCCAUGGAAGCAUUGAAAUGCAUCAACGGGGAGACGGACCUUUGGAAAUGAACUUCCAUCUGACCGGUUUCAACGUCAGUGAAGACUUUGCUGAUCACAACCACGGACUUCAGAUCCACGAGUACGGAGAUUUGGAACAUGGCUGUGACACCAUUGGAGAACUGUACCAUAAUGAACAUGCCCCCAACCACGAUAACCCCGGUGACCUCGGGGAUCUCCAUGACGACGACCACGGAAAUGUGAAUGCUACCAGGAUUUUCGAUUGGCUCACCAUCGGACAUACAGACGGCAUUCUUGGCCGAUCAUUGGCUAUUCUCCAGGGAGACCACACCUCUCAUACCGCUGUCAUCGCUUGUUGCGUCAUUGGUCGCUCUCACGCCCACUAAACUUGUGCUUGUAGAGAGUUUUGCUCAAUGGACUUCGACACUGAUAAUGCGCGCGCAAUUCUGUAAAAUUGUUUCAAUUAAAUAAAUAUUAGAAAUAUCAA